AUGCUGUCCUCUCGCGCCGCAGCGGGGGGCGACCCGACCGAAGUGUCCGAGACAGCACAGGCGCUUCUCAAGGCGCACUACGGUCGUCUGCGCACCGCCACCCACUCAUCCGACCGCGCCGUAUUGACAAAACUCGAGAGUGCCGCUGCGAACCUCGAGCGCAUCUGCCUGCAGCUCGACAACAUCCAGGUGGCGCACGAGCUGCGAUCGGGCCAGUCAUCCGCACACCAGGCCUCGCGCAUCCUGCAGCCGCUGGGUGCACUUGCAUUCUGGCCCGCACAGCUGCAUCUCAAAGACGCAAGCGUCUUUGUCCGGCAGGAUGUGGCGGGCCUGUCGAUAGCCGACCAGCUUGCGCUCGAGGAUGCUGCGUUGGCAACGCUCACCCAACCAGCCGGAAAAGAGCGCAUCACCAGCUCGGUCAGGCUCAACGAGCCGAGCCGGACGAUUGAAGUGACGUACGUCAAGACAUCCAUCAAGGACGCACAGAGCCACCUGCAGACCCGCAGGAGUCGCUUCCUCGAGCAUGCUGCACAGCUGCGCGAUCGCAUCGCACCAGACAGCGGCACAAAGCAAGACCAGGCACUACCAAAGGACAUCCACAUGGUCAAUGAUGAGAACCAGGCGCUCAACGAGGAAGGCCUGCCGUUCUUUGAGCCGAUCGAAAAGGUGACGGACGAAGAGGCAGCGCAAAGGAAGGAGGCGUAUAUGCAGCCGUUUGUGCGCGACAACGACGAGCGCGCCGCCGACAAGCACAAGCGCAGGCUCUGGCUAGAGCAGACGCUGAGCAAGCUCGAACAGGAAGAAGAGCAAGAGCAAGACGACGACGCCGAUACUGAUGCUGCUGUCGAGCCAAGUACCUCCGCCGCAGACUCAAGUGCGCCCGCCACACAGAAAGACGACGCAAUCGACGCUGCGGAAGAGACACGCGUGGUGCUGCGCACUCGGACACCCAGUCCGCCUCCUUCGCCCGAAGACCAAGCCAACGCCAAGUCGCUUCCCGAGAUCGUCUCGGCCGCGCGGCCGCCGCCUGCCAAGUCGGCGCUCAAGAUGGGUCUGGCGCGGCCGCCGAUCAACCAACGUCCGUCGUUCGGGGCUUCGGGCAUCCGUCACGGCUUCCUCAACCUCAAUCCGUCCAGUCCUGGCGCCAUCAAGAGCUCGUACUCGUGGGAAGACCUCGAAAAGGAAGACGGCCAGGAACGGCCGUCGCGCAGCCACACACCCACUCCGCUCAGCCGCACCAGCAGCACGGCCGAAACGUCGCUGCUUGGGCGUGUGACCGAUGCGGCAUCCAGUCCGAUGACGAGCGGCACGAGCACGCCCACCAAGAAGAGCGUGCGCAUCAAGUCGCCCGAGCGCGCGCAUCCCGAAGCUUCGGCGCGCUCGGGCCUGACGCCGCUCCAGCGCGCGCUGCGGUCCAGCAUUCGGGUCAAGGAGAACUACGCAGACACCACUCCGGCGCCAUCGGCAGCGGCGGAUGCGGCGUCCGCACGUGCGGACUCGGGAUCCGGCACCGCCGAGAAGCGCCAUCGCGACGACGUGGGUGUCGAGGAGGAGGCGGAGCGCAUCGUGGCGCUGCUCGGACCCGAUGUGGUCGAGGGCCAUCCGAGCGCCCCGCCCACGGACGUGCUGAGGCAGAUGCAGCAGGCUCACGAGGAGGACCAACGCCUCUCGACGCCCGAGGCCGUCGCAGCGCGGCAGAAGCACGAGGAAGAACAGCGCGAAAAGGAGCGCAUGCAGCGGCUGGCGGAAAAGCCUGCUCUCGGCCAUGCGGUCAUGGAGCGUCCCAAAGCCACGGCUGGCGCAGCCGAGGGCAAGAGCGCCGCGAAUGGCGCCACCAAGUUCAGCGCGUUCAAGAAAGGCUUCCUCAGUCAGAAGCCCAAGUUUGUGCCGAAUGCACCGGGGCCGAGAGUGCCGACGGCGCCGACCGAGUCGCUGGGCAUGUCGGCGCUCGAUCGCGCAUCGAUGGGCGACGACGAGCUGAGCGCGCGCAGGCAGGCCAUGGGCUUGCCCGCCGCCGUGCCGCAUGCAAGGCCGUCCAAGGCGUAUGCGGAAAAGAUGCGGCAGCGCCAGGAGGGACGCGUAGAGCAAGACGCAUCCCGGCCGGGCGAGGGCGAGGGUGAGGGCAAGGUCGCACUCGCCAGGCCGGUGGAUGGCGACGACGUGCCGCGUCCGGGUCGCGUCCGCUUCGGUCCUCCCGCCUCGCAACAGAAUCACGACGAGCAAGACGCGGAUGAUGGAUUGGUGGAGAUCAACCCGGCCGCUCAGCUGGACAACCAUCUUCCGGCCGAGGUCGACGAUGGCCGCGAGCUGGACGAGGAGCAGGAGGAGCCCAAGAUCGAGGGCGAGGGCGCGGACGCCGACUCGGAAGACGAGUACUUUGACUCGUACCUCUCGUCGCGCUCGCGACGCGCGGCAGCUGCCGACAGUCGGGGUAUCGACGUCGAUCAUGACGGCAACGACGACGACGACGAUGGCGACGACUUUGACGACGAUGCAGAGGACUGGGACAUGGACGAUGACUUUGACGAUGACGAGGACGAGUACGACUACGACGCCGACGAUCUCAUGGCGCUGGCGCCUUCGAUGGGUGGCGACGCGGAUGGGCUGGCGUCGCAUCCGGAUCUCAUGAAGGAGUACGAGCAGGCGCGCGCCAAGCUCGCUGCCAUGGGCCUGGCCAUGCCUGGCUCGAGCGGUGCUGGCAGCAGCAGCGCUGCAGUGCUGCCGGCCGAGGAGUCGGACGACGACUAUGAGGACGACGUGGUGCCGCUCGAUGCCGCGAUGGAAGAUCCCGAGUACCAAGGCAACACCGUCAGCGACACCUCUGGCCGCUCGCGCAUCUCGCGCUUCAAAGCGUCCCUUCAGCAACGCUCCUCUGCCGCUGGUUCAUCCCAGAAGCUCGAGGACCUGCUGUCGUCCGCGCAGAACCUCGGCGACGGCCAAGCUGCCAAUGGCGCGACCUCGGCGUCGGCUGCAUUUGGCAUGGACGGCUUCGAUGGUCCUGCGGGGAAAGGGCCGGUGAUGAUCAUCCCGCAGCUUGCGCCUGUACGCUUCCCCAAGGACGGCGAUCUUGUGGAGGGCGGCGUGACGGGCCCGGUUGCGCUCGGCGGUGCGGACAGUGACGACGACGACGAAAAGGCCGAGAUGGUGAUGCGCAGCCGGCUCGAGCGGCGCGAGUGGAAGCAGAACAACCCCGAGCAGGCGCGGAGGGAGAAGGAGAGCCGCCACAACAGGGAUAUGGUCGAGCAGGGACUCGCACCACCCUCCGUUGCACCGCGUCGGCAAGCGGACAAGGCCGAGGAGCACGCAGGUGCGGGCGAGGGAGGAAUGCAGACGGAAGAGCAGCAACAGCCAAAACCAAAGAAGGUGAGCAGGUUCAAGGCGGCUCGUCAGGCACAGUAG